GGACAUUCUGAAACGGAACGUCCAGAGCGCGACCAUGUGGCUCGAAAUUGGCUUGUUUCUGGGUGUUGCGUGUUUGGUUCACUGGAUCCAAUGGAGAGGCUUCCUUUCCAAUCAGAAACAUCCCCCAAGUUUCUAUGGCUUGCCGCUGUUCGGGACCGUGCCCUAUCUUUUUUUCCGCAAGAAUCUAGUUCAACUCGCGAGAGACACGGCCGCGGAAUAUGGGCCGGUUUUCAGAUUUCGGCUUGGGAGGACGGAUGCCAUUAUGGUGAAUGGUUCGGAACUGGUGAAAGAAGUCCUGAAGAGCGAUGACUUCCUAGGUCGACCGCCCUUCGGAGCUAUCGAGUACUCAUCGAAGCUGACGAAAGCUCACCCCUUCGUUUCGAUGGAGAAUGAAAGAUGGAAAUCAGGUAGAAACGCCUCGGUCCAAGCCCUCCGAGAGCUUGGCUUCGGGAAAACUCCUCUGAUGGAGGGGAAAAUCCAGGAUGAAGUCUCCGUGUUCCUGGACGAACUUUCGGCGGCGAACGGAUCGCCCUACGAUCCGAACUCCACGGCUCUGGCCUCGAUUUCAAACAACAUUGCGACAUUGGUCUUCGGGGAUCGUCUGCCUUAUGAUCAUCCGAAGCGACGCUGCCUCAACGACUUCCUACAAACAUUCCUAAAAGCUGCUUCAGUGCUCAAUGUGACCACUUCAGUACCGUUUCUCACCGAUAUCUGCGCCUUCCUGAAGAUCAGGGUAGUCGACGACUUCGUCACUUCUGCGAGAGCGACCAGUGAAAUCCUGGAUGAGGAGAUACGAACUCACGAGAUGAACUUCACGGAGAGUGACAAACGGGAUUUCAUGGACCACUUGAUCGCACAUAUGCGGGCGAACUCGGGGUUAUUCUCAGAAGCGACCUCGAGAGGCUCGUGCAUCGCGUUUUUCGCGGCUGGAAGCACCACGACGGCCACUACCGUGGAAUACUUGUUGCAAUGCUUGGCUGCUUAUCCGCAGCUCCAGGCGCGGCUUCAUCAGGAAGUUACCAGAGAGCUUGGUGUCUCACGUCUCCCUGUUUGGGCAGACCACGGCAAGCUGCACCUCGUGAACGCAUUCAUCUCGGAAACGAUGAGAAUCUUCCCCGUCGUUCCCUUCGGGCUCCUCAGGAGAGCUCUCCGCGAUACCAAGAUUCGAGGCUUUGACGUAGCGAAGGGUACGACUAUCAUUUAUAACUUGGCGAGCGCUAAUUUCGAUCCCACCGUCUUCGAAAACCCAAAAGAAUUCAACCCCGGACGAUUCUUGAACAAGAACGGCGAGUUCGUUCAAAGCCCAGACGUCCUCUCCUUCGCUGUUGGCAAACGCGCAUGUCCCGGGGAGACCUUCGCGAAUUUCCAGGUGUUCCUGUACGCUGCUGCGAUCAUACAGCGCUUCCGGAUCGAACCUGCGGAAGGGCAAAAUAUCCAGCUGGCGGAAGCCGACGGCUUCUUCCCCGAAGCCAUCCCUCAGAAGCUCCGAUUCAUUCACAGAGCUUGACAGCUCUAUGAUUCGUAACGAUAGAUCCUCCGCCAUUGAAACAACAGAGAGCGAGGGAAAGACGACCGUCCUAUUAGACAUCCGUUAGUGAGGAAAACCUCGGACAUCGGACGAGGGAAUAGGGUUCGCAAUACUAAUCGGGAAUGUCGAUAUGAGCGAAUUCAGAAUAAAAACAGUCUUAUAAAUGAUUGAG